AUUAUGCCAACGAUAUAUACAUGACAAAUUCAUUGAUGCAUCUCUGUGUCCAACAUAGCCGACAGACCCUCAUUUGACAGCUAUAACCUCAGAUACAGAACCUCAAGCACUCACGCGUUUCCCAGCCAAGUACAGACGGACUGGCCUGACCCUCUCUUGCUCAAACUGAAACGGGGGGGUGGCCUUUCAGCUCCUGGCAUGAACGAUGGACUUCCUUUUAUAUAUCCAUAUAUAUACCCCCGCUUUGCUGCUUCCCAGUCUCACAUCCCUUCCCCAAGCACACCGCAUCCACACAGACAGACGCUAGUUCCACAUGAAUCUCUCUCUGUCCGUGUGUGAGUGUGUGAUUGUGUGUGUUGUGCGUCUCUGGGUGUUGUAUCUGAAAGGGCCAUCUCAUUCGCCAUCCCUCUCGCCAAUCACACUGACUGCGCCUCCUUCCCUUUUUUCAGCGAGCCUCUGCUCAUACUCUCUUCUCUCCCGCUUGUACUCGUCCACCUCUCUCUCGAGAUCUCCCACAGCCUCUAAGAGAUUCAUCAUUGGAUCGGGCGGCGACAACGGGCUGCUGUAGUAGAAAAGCUGACGUCCAUGUCGCUGAGGUACUGGAGCGCCUCGUUCAUUGCCUCGUCCCCAGUCUUGUUGCCGAUCCACCUCUUGAAGGCCUCCGGUCCUCCCGUGAUAAAGCACGCCGCGUGGAUGUCCAUAGUCCCGUAUUCCCACUGGCCUCCGCCCAUCUCCGCAUUGUACGUCCAUCCCCUCAUCCUGUUCUUGAUCAGCAUUGUCUUGUCAACCUCCUUCUGCAGCCGGCCAGUGUACCAAUCCCAGCUGAUGGCCCUCGUGUCGAAGCCCUUGUGUGCCACAAGACUCGUCAUCUCGUCCUCGUCACCGGGGUCUGUCUGGAUCAGGUGGCUCGAGUGCCUUUCCCUCAGUCGCAACCAGCUGGCCCGUUCGCCGGUCGCGUAGACAAUCAUUGGCGGGUGCGCAUCAGCCACGGCUUCAGUCGUACAGCCCGCCAUCUCCAGCGCAGCGAGGAAAUACCGCGCCUCCGAAUCCACCAAAUACCACGGUGGCUCUUGGUCAUCCUGCCGCAAGUAACGAUACCACAGGACAGUCAGCUGGCGCCACGUUUCUGUUCUGUCUGGUUGCUCUUACGUGCAGCGUCUGCCGCGCAGUGACGUGUCUGGGCGAGCGUCUGGCGAGGAGUCUUGUGGCGGGAUGCCGCGAGAUGAACGCAGCGCCGGCAGCUCCCGAAAAAAAGAACCCAAUGGCGACGAUGACGUGCAAUAUCGUUGUCAGACAAUUCUCACGCGCGACGAUGCACCAAUCAUGAACCAUCCCUGUCCGCCGAGAAACAGGC